CGCCCGCCCCCGCCAUCUUAAACCGCUGCGCGCCGGCUCUGAGGGCAGGCCGCCGGUGCCGCUGCUCGGGGACAUGGCGGAGCCCAGCACGGCAGCUUGGACCUGGCUGCUGCGGCCGCCCACGGCCACCGAGCUGCUGCUGGUGGCCCUGUGCUGGCUCGGCUGCUACUGGCUGCUGCGGCGGCGGCUGCGGGCGCUGUCGGGGCUGCCGCCGGGCCCCGCGCCCUGGCCGGUCGUGGGCAACUUCGCCUUCGCCCUUCUGCCGCCUCCGCUGCUGCGCAGGUUUGCGGCGGACGUGCAGGGCGGCGACCGGGUCUCCCCCGUCUUCUCGCCCCACGUCUUCCUCACCGGCCUCACCAAGCUGUACGGCAACGUCUACCGGCUYUUCGUGGGCAGCCGCCCCAUCAUCUUCCUCAACACCUUCGGGACGGUGCGGGAGGCGCUGGUGCAGAAGGCGGAGGUGUUCAGCGACCGGCCCUCCGUGCCCAUCGUCCUCAUGAUCACCCACAACAAGGGUGUUAUUUUUGCACCUUAUGGCCCUGUCUGGAAGCAACAGAGGAAAUUCUCUCUCUCAACACUGCGACAUUUUGGAGUAGGGAGACACAGCUUAGAGCCUAAAAUCAUCGAGGAGCUGAACUUUAUAAAGGAGGAGAUGCUGAAGCACGGAAAGGACUCAUUUAAUCCCUUCCCGAUCAUUCGCAACGCGGUGUCCAAUGUUAUCUGUUCCAUGGCCUUUGGCAGGCGUUUCAACUAUGAGGAUGAUGAGUUCAAGACGAUGCUGAAGAACAUGGCCCGUGCCCUGGAGCUGAGCGUCAACAACUACAUGAUCCUGGUCAACAUCUGCCCUUGGCUCUACUACCUUCCCUUUGGGCCUUACCGGGAACUUCGGCAAACUGAGCUGGAUAUUACUGCUUUUCUGAAAAAAAUUAUUGCUCAGCACAGGGAUACACUGGAUGCAGCAAAUCCCAGGGACUUCAUUGAUAUGUACUUCAUCCAUGCAGAAGAAGAGAAGAACAAGGAGAGUAGUUUYAAUGAUGAUUACCUGUUUUUUAUCAUUGGUGACCUCUUCAUUGCAGGCACAGAUACUACUUCCAACACAUUGCUGUGGUGCCUGCUCUACAUGUCUCUUUACCCUGAAGUACAAGAGAAGGUUCAUGCAGAAAUCGAAGCAGUUCUAGGACGUGACARAGUGCCCUCUCUUGCUCACAAGGCUCAAAUGCCCUUCACAGAGGCAACCAUUAUGGAAGUGCAGAGGAUGACUGCAGUUGUUCCCCUUUCUAUUCCUCGAAUGGCCUCAGAAACUGCUGUGCUCCAGGGAUACACUAUUCCUAAGGGUAGUGUGAUUGUGCCCAACCUGUGGUCAGUACAYAGAGAUCCUAAUAUUUGGGAGAAGCCUGAUGAAUUUCGACCAUCGAGAUUUCUGGAUGAAAAUGGCCAGUUAAUAAAGAAAGAGGCAUUCAUUCCUUUUGGAAUGGGUAAACGUGUGUGCAUGGGAGAGCAGUUGGCAAAAAUGGAGCUGUUCUUGAUUUUUACAAGUCUAAUGCAAAGUUUUACCUUUAUGUACCCUGAAAAUGCUGCAAAACCAUCCAUGGAGGGAAGGUUUGGUCUAACUUUAGCUCCAUGUCCAUUCAACAUAAUAGCUUUGAAGAAAUGAUACAACAUCAAAAAAYAUUAAGCGAAGAAAUACUGCACUUUUAAAAUACAGCCUUUUUUAUUUUAUUUYCAGCUUAUUUUGUUACUUUCUUUCCAGAAAAAAAAMCCCAACUGCAUAGGCUUUCCUAGUCAGUGAGAAUGAUUCAUUUAGACUUCUGGAAAGAAAAGAUAUUUUUUGUCAGCUGUUGCAUUCCACAAAUGAACUGACAGCAUAGUUUUUAAUUUGAUAUUAAAACUUGGUGGGUUUA